AUGAGUCCCUUCUUCCGGGGCGGAGUUCGCCCUCUGCGCCGUCAUCCUCGGCCGUGGUCUAUGAACCCACGACUGAACCCGGACCUCGCCAAGGACGACGCCCACAUUGACGAGAAGGGCGUCAUCGAGACGACAGAGGUCAGGCUCCCCGUCACAAACAGCCUCUACGGGCGGCCCGCGGAGUUUGUGGCCGUGGCCCCGGACUCGCCUACCACCCGCGCACCCGCACCCACACCCGCACCCACACCCGCCGAGACAAGCGGGCCCCUUAGCACGGUAGACGAGCCGACAGCUGCACAGACGCCUGCUGAUACCGCGGACGGCACGGACGCCGCCGGGGAUGAGGCUGAGGAGGAGCGACGCCGGAGCUCGGUCCUGUCGGAACAGUACCCCAUUCAACGCCACGACGAUGAGGAAUCACCUGAGCAGAGCGCUUUGAUUGACCAGUUCCCCACCCACGACAACACCCGCGACUCUGGCGCUGUCAUCCUCGAGUCGCCGAUCAUUAAUCACUUCGUGGAGAAGGGCGGCCCCGGUUGGGGAUCGCUCGCGGCCAGCACGACGGAAGCACCCAGCACCAACGAGGCUGAACCCGAGGCGCCAGUCGCUGAGCACGCUGCUGAGCACGCUGAGCCAGGCGAGAGCCACGAGGCGGGUGUCGGGCCAGGCACCUCUGAACCGGCAGUGGAGGAGGAGGAGGAGGCCGAGGAUGAGGAUGCUACGCCCGUCCAGGAGGUCGCCACGGCUUUUGAGACGCCCUUUGAGACGCCCUUCGAGACUCCGUACGAGAUGAUGCCAAGCAAGGAGCUUGGUGCUGCCCAAGCGCCGCCCUCCACCGAGGCUGCACGAAUCAGCGAAGACAACGUGCGUGACGACCAGGCCAUCUCAAGCAAGGCCCCAACCGUCAGCGAGGCUUCUUCAGCUGCCGUUGGUGAGCCCCUGAUGGACGAUGUGCAGCUUGAUGUGAGCGACGAGUUCAAGCCUCAGCCCGCUGUUUACGACGGACCAUCGGAGCCUCUGAUCUCCGACGAGCAGCUGGAUGUGGAUGAUGAUUUCAAGCCUCGAACCACCGUAUGA